AAAAAUAAUCUAAUACACAAAAAUAAUCUAAUACUCUAACAUAGUAUAUAAAGAAAAAUGCCGGUCGAAUCACAGACGAUACCUGAUGAUCACAUGAAAGCAGAUCGUGUAGGUGUCCCUCCGGGGGUAUCAGUAGCACAUCUCCCUUCUUUUGAACUCGAGUGUGGACGUUCCUUAAUCAAUUGUCCGUUGGCUUAUACAACAUACGGCACACUUAAUAGCGCAGGUGAAAAUUGUGUACUUGUUGGUCAUUCCCUAACAUCAAAUACAAAUGUCGCAGAAUGGUGGAGUUGUUUAAUUGGCGCGGGUCCCAACAGGUUGCUCGAUCUCGAUAGAUACUAUGUAGUGUGUGUGAAUUAUUUAGGAAGUCCUUAUGGCAGUGCAAGCCCUCUGACACUCGACCCGGCAAGCCAAAAGCACUGUAAGUGCACGGAUGCCAAUUGUACACGAACACGGGCGUAUGGCAAACAUUUUCCACGGGUUACUAUGAGAGAUAACGUAAAUGCACAGAAAGAGCUGCUCACCAAGGUCUUGGGAGUGACGCAUCUCGCUAUGGCUGCGGGUGGUAGUAUGGGAAGCAUGCUCGCCUUAGAAAUGGCUGCUAGUUAUCCCGACUUUGUGAGCGAGUUAUUACUCGUCGCUGGUUGCGCACAGCACCCUGACUGGGCAAUUGGAUUGGGAGACUCACAGAGAUUUGCCAUCUACAGUGACGCGACAUGGCAGCAUGGUGACUACAUGAACCAUUACAGAGGUAAACGGGGUGUAUGUGCUAAGGAUAGCACAACUGGCAGUGAAGUACCAGAGAUACACGAAUAUCCCAGACCCGAUAAAGGUCUAUAUGCCGCGCGUAUGGCUGCAAUGCUCACCUAUCGUACACCUCAGUCAAUCACAGCAAGGUUCGCCCGUCAAAAACACCAGAAACCGGAACUAGACGCAGUGCCGAACUCAAAGAGAAUAGGUUUAGACUCGUCCGAGAAUGAAAGUGAGAGUGAUGAAGAUUGCGAUCUAGGUGCGAAUGCCUAUGUGCGAGAUAAUGAUCUGUUUUCGGUUGAAUCGUAUCUGCGCUAUCAAGGUGAGAAGUUUGUGAAGCGCUUCGACGGAGCGUGCUACGCCCAUCUGACUAUGACACUGGAUUCGCACGAUGUGGGUAGGCAACGGAUCAGCCGACAGGACAGUGGUGUGGCGAUGCAUACAGAGUCGGCGAAACGCGAACGCUGUUGCAAUAUAAUGAAAGACUUACCCCAUCGGACCCUUGUGGUGGGUAUCGACUCUGAUAAUCUAUAUCCAAUAGAGCUGCAGCGCGAGAUGGCGCUGUGCAUGCCCAACUCUCUGCUGCACACGGUCAAGUCCCCACACGGCCACGACUCGUUUCUGAUUGAGAUCGAGGAGCUCAACAAGGUCACGUGCGAGUGGCGGGAUGGCAAGUACUUUGGUGAACGCGUGACGGAGUGCAAUAACAGCGACACCAGAGACUGGGCCCGGGCGAUGGAUGAGGUCCACAAGAACGGCUGGGCCAACGCAAUGGACCAGACACCCAGCGCCAGGACAGUCGGUAUAUUCUUGUAG